ACGAACUGUUAUGACCACAAAUCGUAUCGCCUAGCUCAAAGCUCGGGGCUUGGAGCUGCAUUGCAUCGCAUGUCACCACUUGCCGCGCCGCUUGCGCUUGCACCGUACCAGUUGCUCGUGAGAAAGAGACCUGAACGUGAGCAAGUGUACGAAGGAAACAUGGCGGCGCAUCGAAACGUGCCAGAGUGAUGCAGUUGAAGCUUAACGUUCGCAACGAGUGACCAAAGAGAACCUGGCCUCGCACGCUAAAAACCAUCAUCUGGCCAAAUGACAUGGGAAUUUGUAAUCGAAGACAUUUCCUUCUGACAAUAUGCACCCUCCAGCUCAUCACUACAGUAGAACGCCAGAUCUUCGACUUCCUGGGCUUCAUGUGGGCCCCGAUACUGGUCAAUUUCUUCAACAUUAUAUUUGUAAUCCUAGGAUUCUUUGGGGCCUUUCAAUACAGACCUAAAUAUAUUAUAUCAUAUUGUAUAUGGAAUGUACUGUGGUUGGGAUGGAAUAUAUUCUUGAUAUGCUUUUACCUCAACAUUGGUAUACUGGACAAGGAUGGUGAUAUUUUAAAUCUUGGGACUGGUAGCUUUUCUUGGUGGUACGUGAAUGGACCAGGGUGCAAACCAAUUUACAACAAUACUGAACCAGAAUUAUUCAGACCUGCCCGGCCUGCGAACGUGGUGAACUGUAUGCUAGAUUAUGAAGUAGUUGAAAUUUUACAUGCAUCCACUCAGUGCAUCUUAGGUUGCAUCGCGAUAGUGGGUGGUAUUUGCGUAGCUAAAAUUUUCUUGGAGGAAGAUGAUAGCUUUGACUUUAUGGGAGGUGAUGACUUUGGGCUGGCAGGUCACACGCCGUUGCAUCCUAUGUACGUUAGCUACUCGGCACUUCCAUCACCUGCCCACCCUAAACAAAAUUCCGCUCUAAAUUACCCGACAGGCACAGCUAGCUCUUGUCAAUCUCAGAAUACCGAUUACCCAAAAUAUGACGAUAAAAUAUUUAACAGCUCUAGACGAAGCAAAUCUAAAUCUGGUAAAAACGACGUGAUUAGAACCGAACAGAGUAACUUGCCCAGUCGCGAAUUAAAGUACGUAGUUGAUUACGCGAACGAUUAUUCGAAUCCGUUGGAUCAUUUACAAAGACCUAUAUCCCCGUGUGACGAGUACGAUUCGUUAGACAGUGCCGCGAGAUUGAAGUUUCAAAAGUACAAAGCGUAUAAUCUACACACGUCCAUGCACAGUCCCGUUGCAUCGCCGCGUAAGUCUCGUCCCGCCGAUGUUAAACAAACUAAAGCCGCCAACAAGCCUAGAAUCUUCACCGAUUACGUUCGCGAACAACCGAUGAGAUCGUCUUACUCUGAUCCGAGAUUGGCAGUCGAAAAUCAACAGAACACGAAUGAUCAAGAGAAUCAAAACAGGUCGAAACGAGAUAGUAGACCUUUGUCGCUACACGCCACCCAAGCUAAGCGAAAGAAAAAGCAACCACGGCCUUUAUACAGUAUCGAAUACUCGCAACCAGAACCCGCGGUUCAAGAUGAAAGCGUGUCUCCAAAGCCAAUGACGCCACGCAGAGUGAAAAGAAGAUCAGUGAUUUCUCGCGACGGGACAAGAAGGUCGAGUAGAAGAAGUUCCGUGAGACAGUCACGCAGAAAGAAUCCUGUGAACAGGAUCAUGGACCACCAAGAGAGCCUCUACGCUAAUACAACUCCCAGCAAUUUGACCAACCAAAACGUGAACUCGUUGUCUCAAGGUACGCUCAAUUACGAUAGGAUUUCUAUGAGCUGGGACAGAGACAGGAACUCUAAUUGGCAACCGGAAGCCGUGAACAUGGCCGUGUCUUCUCCCGCGUUAUGGAACCAAGAUUCUUCAAAUAAUUAUUCCAACACUACUAAUGUAACAAGCCAGGAUUAUCCUAAUUGGGAUGCGAAUAGUUCUACCAGAAAUUUGACCGACAAUUGGCAGCCGAGCGAAUUGAGUCCGAUGCAGUGGCAGGGCCAAUGUAAUCCCACCUUUCAGCAAACAAGUACACAGAGCUUGAACGGAGAAGAUUUGGACGAGAUUUAUAACAAUCGUCCGGCAAGUGCUAGGUCCAGUUACAGUAACUAUCACGGCGUGAGAGCUACGCCUCAGGUUCCUAAUAGAACUGAUAUUGUUAGGCAGAGCCAGAGACAAUUCGUUCUCAGUGGACCUCCUGCUUACCAAGAUACAGUGAUUUGAGAGAGGCCUAAGAAAUAUUUCGAAUCCUCCGUUUACUGGACGUUUAACUGUUUAACGAAUACGUGCUAAUAUUGUUUAAUCCUUCGAAUUGUGAUAAAUUUAUAGAAAUGGUUAAGUAUUUGGGGCACUUGGAAUUAUAUUUUUAGGUAAAUUUAUAUCGAAAGAAAGCCAACAACUAGUUACUUAAUCUUUCAUUCGAAUCUCAUUCGUUUUAGUUUUAAACGUCCAACCGAAACGUCGGCUUAUUUUUCAAUAACGGAUAAUACAUACUCUUACAUUGUUAUUGUUAAGACACAGAAGGUACUCGAUACUUGUCUGUACUUGUUGUUGUCUCUUUCAAGCUUUACUUUAUAAUGUUAGAUGCAGCUCUUUUUGCAUCGUGUUAUACUUCACGAAGUAUGUCUGUAAAAUCUACUAAUUUUCAGAGGUAUUCUCGUGAUAUUCACCGAUCUCGUAACGACGAUCUACUUUCCUAUGCUCCGCCUUCUUAUCUCAGGACAUUUUUAAUAAACGCGUAUUACGAUCAAUUGGUAUCGAUAAGAUUUUAUCCCUCUUACAAUAUGAAACGAUAAAAAGUUAUAUCUGUUGUAUGAUAAAACGGAAUGAUUAUGCAACUACGGUUGUAUAGAUUGUUUAAAAAAUCUAUUCUACUAUUUUAUGGGAGAGUAGAAGCGUUGUAAACUAAUCGCACAUGAUUUACACAACAGUUUAUGGUACCUAAAUGUUCUUCAUCGAAAGAAUCAUAUGUAUAUUAUUUACGAUUAUACAAUCAUUUUUAAUUAUUAAUUAUUUGCCGUCUUGAAAAUAUUUGGCAAAAUGAUUCACGUUCUGUGUUCUAUUUUCGAGAAACUAGAUUUCAUUAACAUUCACACUCUAAUAUUCUAUAGAUAAAAAUACCGUUAUUUUGAGAUUGUAACAACAAUUGAACAAUCAAAGAGAAAAAGAUAAUUUGAUCAAAAUAAGAGUUUGAAUUGCACUGUGUAUCCGAAGUGCAAUAAGAGAUAUUUUGUAUGCGGACAAUCAAAAUAGUUUAUAAUGAUGAUGAUGAUGAUGAUGAUGAUGAUGAUGAUGAUGAUGGGACGUGUGAAAUGGAAACCAAAGUAUUAUACAUCGAUAUAAGUUUAUUGAUAAUAUUAUUGUAAUAUUCUGUAUAAUGUAAAACUGC